AUGGCUAUCUACUCCAGGGAUGAGACUUUGAUGUGCAAGAUUUUUCCGUCGAGUUUGGGUCCGAUGGCGAUGAGAUGGUUCAACGGCUUAAGGGCCAAUUCUAUUGAGUCCUUCAAGAGGCUGACUCGGGCUUUUGGUGCUCGUUUUGUUACGUGCAGCAGGGUUCCUCGGCCUUUGGGAUCUUUGCUUACUAUGUCUAUGCGAGAGGGCGAGACUCUCAAAACUUAUUCAGACAGGUACUGGGAAAUGUUUAAUGAAAUAGAAGGAAAGAACGAUGAUGUCGCCAUAAGUACUUUCAAAGCUGACCUCCCAACCGAUCACGAUUUAAGGAAAUCCCUGACGGGUAAACCUGUUACUAGUGUACACCAGUUGAUGGAUAUGAUUGAUAAGUACAGACGAGUAGAGGAGGAUCAACUUCAGGGAAAAGGAAAGGCCAAGGUGGUUAAUGUAGUGUUUCGAGAGCUGGUGCAGCAGGUUUUGGAGAAAAUAAAGAAUGAACCCUUUUUCAAAUGGCCGAACAAGAUGGCGGGAGAGCCUAGGAAACGCAACCCGAACUUAUAUUGCCACUACCAUCGAGAUCAUGGGCACACGAUGGAAAAUUGCAAGAAUUUAUGGGACCACCUGGAACAGUUGGUCCGAGAAGGGAAAUUAAAGCAAAUCUUGCAUCACUCCAGCAGUAGGGCAAGUCAAGCAGGCUCAGAGAUGCGUGGGGACGCUUCUUCAAGACUUCCCCUGGGUACGAUCAACGUUAUUUUUGCUGCCCCAGGGAGGACUGGAUCGCCCCUCCAGGGUACUAUCGGUGUUCUGACCCCCGGCCGAGGAUCAUUCCCAAGCAUCGAAGAGAGCCAGGGUGACUGUCCCCCUAAUUCUGGGCUUUUCGGAUGA